CGGGGACUAACCUACCUAACACUUUUCUCUACAUAAUAUAGUAACCCGUCCUGUUUCUUCUUCAUUUCUUUCUUCCAACGGCAAUGGGGGAAGCACAACUUCAGUCCCCGGCAAAUUCCUUAACAUUUCCAGAUGGGAAAUCAACAACAAGAAGAAGAAGCAGCAGCAGCGGUUCUAACUCUUUCGAAUUUUGCGUGCUCCGGAAAGCCAAUCUUUUGUCAGCAGAUGAGCUCUUCUCCGACGGCGUCCUGCUCCCCCUCUACUGCCCUGCUUCACCGGACCUCAUUGCGCUCGGAGCAGAGCAGCAGCAGUCGGUAUCCGAACCCGAUCAUCCGCAUCUUUCCGGGGCAGAGCAGCCGGCGUUGGGACCCGAUCACUCAGUUUCAUCCGCCGCAAAGCAGCAGCCGGGAUUGGAAUUCGAAUCGGCUGCGGUCGUUGGCUCCUCCUCCACUGCUUCCAAGAGGUGGAGGAACAUUUUCAAGAGGGUGGGGAAUGGGGGAGAAAAUACGACGGACAAGAAAGGUGGGUUCUUUGGAGCCCAUGCAUCGGAACGGGUGCUCAACAUCAACAUUUGGCCUUUCAGAAGAAGUAAUUCCGCCGGCAAUGGCGGCUGCGCUCCUGCGCCCGGGACGGCUUCCCCAAAAGUGAGUAGCGCGCCGUGCUCUCCCACCGACUUCCACUUGAAAAAAUCGCCGGUCCCAAGGAAGGCGCGGAGUAACCUGGCGUGGCCGCCCCGCCGGAGCACAGACUGUAGGACCAAAUCGGGUGCCGGUUGUAAGGGGUGGGGGAAAGUCUCGCCCGCCGCCGGAGAUGGAUGCGGUGGCGACUGGUAUAAUAAAGCCAGAGUGUUGACCAUGAAGGCUUCAGACUCCCCUGCUAGUGGCAGUGGAGUCUCCGGUGAAGGGAGACGUUCUAAUCUCGGGACCUUAUUUUCCACCAAAUUAUAUGAGGAUUGAUUCAUUCAUUGGUUUUGAAAUGUCUUUUUUUAUUUAUAAUUUGUGUUGAUUAGAUGCAUCAAUUGGAGCCAUCAAUUCAUCUUUUUUUCUAUUCAAAUUGUAGCAAUAUUGAUUUUGGACGAAUGAAUCGAUUGCAUCAAUUAAAUUUAGAAAAAAAAGAGAGAGUAUGUUUUGGAAAAAU